CGUGACCCGGCGCGCCGGGUUCUGCCAGAGCUGAAAGCUGGAGGCGGCAUGUUGGUCAGUGGGCGACUGACAGGGGCGCGAGCCCGGGCGCCUCUGCAAGCGAGUCUCCUUAAGACGUGGAGCCUCCGCGGUCCGACCGCCUCCUCCUACUCUGCUUCCUCUGAGCCGUCCACGGUGCGGGCGCUCAUCUAUGGCAUCCACGGGGAUCCGGCCAAGGUUAUCCAACUGAAGAACCUGGAGCUCACUGCUGUGGGAGGAUCUGAUGUCCACGUGAAGAUGCUGGCAGCCCCUGUCAAUCCAUCCGACAUAAAUAUGAUCCAAGGGAACUAUGGCCUCCUUCCCAAGCUGCCUGCUGUUGGAGGGAAUGAAGGCGUUGGACAGGUACUAGCAGUGGGCAGCAGCGUGUCUGAAUUGAAGCCAGGAGAUUGGGUGAUCCUAUCAAGUGCUGGUUUAGGAACCUGGCGGACUGAGGCUGUGUUCAGUGAGGAAGCACUGACCCGAGUCCCUAAGGACAUCCCUCUCCAGAGUGCUGCCACGCUAUCUGUCAACCCCUGCACAGCCUACAGGAUGUUGGUGGACUUUGAACAGCUGCAGCCAGGGGACUCUGUCAUCCAGAAUGCAUCCAACAGUGGAGUGGGGCAAGCAGUCAUCCAGAUCGCCUCAGCCCUUCGCCUAAAGACCAUCAAUGUGGUCCGAGACAGACCUGACAUCCAGAAGCUAACAGAGAGACUGAAGGACCUGGGAGCUGACUAUGUCCUCACAGAGGAGGAGUUACGGAUGCCUGAGACAAAAAACAUCUUCAAGGACCUGCCUCUGCCCCGACUGGCUCUCAAUUGUGUUGGAGGGAAGAGUUCCACAGAGCUGCUGCGGCACCUAGCGCCUGGAGGAACCAUGGUGACCUAUGGAGGAAUGGCUAAGCAGCCCGUAACAGCCCCUGUGAGCCUGCUCAUCUUUAAGGACGUCAAACUUCGGGGCUUCUGGUUGUCCCAGUGGAAGAAGAACCACAGUCCAGAUGAGUUCAAGGAGCUGAUUCUCACUCUGUGUAACUUCAUCCGCCAAAGCCAGCUUACAGCCCCCACCUGUUCUGAGGUUCCGCUGCAGGACUACCAGCAAGCCUUGGAAGCCUCCAUGAAGCCCUUUGUGUCUUCAAAGCAGAUUCUCACCAUGUGAUUAUCCCAGAGGACCAGGGGAAAGCAAGAGAGACCAAUAAGACUGCCAGUCUCCCCCAGACUGCCUUCCACUCACUGCCUCCUCCCACUGGGAGGGUGAGAAGCCAGCCCUGGAGUCCCUAAUAAAGCCUGAACGUCCUGAGGAAAGGAUGAAGAGUGGAGGUCAUCCCUGUGGAGAAAUGCUGUGCACCUGCUGCCUCACAGCGCUAAGAAAGCCCCUGCCCUGCCUCACCGCCUGCUGUCCAUAGUCAUUGCCUGCCUGACCACCCUGAAAAUGGAGGCCGAGUGACUGUUCCCAAAUGCAAAAGUCCCUAUCUGCCCUCAGCAGUGUGAGCCCUAGAGUGGCAGAAGGGAAGAGGUGGUUAACUUCUCCCAGUGUGUGUGGUGGGCUCUGUCCAGGGCAAAGGGAUCCACUGCCAAGGUGAGUGCCAGGCUGAGGUCAUUAAAACUUAAGAGACUGAGGACACAGGAUCUCAGGUGUCAGGGCCACCUUCAGGGGACUUCCAUUGUAACCGAGGGAAUAAACAUGACACCUGUGGUUCUCA